GCUCCUUGCUAGGAUAAGGCCUAUUUUGGCCUAUUUUUUGCCCUUUCUUAUACUCUUUUGUAUCUUCUUCUUCUUCUUCUUCUUACUCCUCUUCUUCUUCCCAAAUCCCAUUUUCUCUUAAUUCUCUCUGCAACGAGCUGCUUUAAGGCUUCAAUGAAAGGAGAUGAAUUGGUGGUGCCUCACCUGUUUAGGUGCCCAAUUAGCCUAGACUUGUUCACGGAUCCAGUCACUCUUUGCACUGGCCAAACCUAUGACAGGUCCAGCAUUGAGAAAUGGCUCUCUGCUGGCAAUCUAACUUGCCCUGUCACAAUGCAGAAGCUUCAUGACACUUCCAUGGUUCCGAAUCACACUCUUCGUCAUCUCAUUGAUCAGUGGCUCCGGAUGGGUAACCAAUCGGAGCCAAGCGAUUGUGGCCUGCAGAUUCUCCACCCGAACCCCUCCAUUGCUGCACUUAAGCACAGCCUUGAAUCUCAUCACUCCCCUGUGGAAACUGGCCUUCAAACACUCGAAAGGAUUCGGGUUUUGGCAGAAGAGUUGCCCUCAAAGAACUCUUGUUUGAUCCAGCUCGGCUUCUUUUCGCUGCUUCUGGAACUGGCUUUCGGGCAUGUGGAAGACGAGGUUUUAAUUGACAAUCUCAAAUUUGUGGAACAAGCACUUGUUUGUGCUCUAAAAUUGCUGCCAUACUGCAGCUUGAGGCCUCUGGACAUGCUGCUCAAGGAGGAGUCCAAAUUGGAGUAUUUUCUAGUGCUACUCAACCAUGGCAAUAUCACCAUCAACAAGUGUUUGUGCCAACUUGUGGAGGCGAUCUCAUCAUCCUUGGAGGCCGAGGAGCUCCACUCGAUGCUCGAAAACAAUCGCAGGCUUCUGCAAGGAUUGGUUCUUCUCUUUCGAGACAAUUCCGGGGCCUCUGAAUCGAGCAUCAAAGCAUUAUCUUCGUUGUGUUCAUCAGAGUCGAGUCGAGAGAACUUGGUGAGGGAAGGCAUGGUGGAGGCCUUAAUAGCAUGCAUAUUGAGCACCGAGAGUAGGCAUGAAACCAAAUUGGCGGCGACGGCGAUGUCAAUGCUGGAGCUGCUUUUAGGCCUGGAGAGCGCCAGGCAGGCUCUGAUGAGUCACCCGAGCGGCGUGGACGGACUUGUCAAGAUGACUUUCAGAGUGUCGGAUCACCAGGGCAGUGACAGCGCUGUCAGCUCGCUGAUGAUCGUGUGUUCGAGUUGUGUUGAGGCCCGGGAAAGAGCCAUCUCGGCCGGGGUCUUGACGCAGCUGUUGCUGCUUCUGCAGAGUCAGUGCAGUGGGAGAGCCAAAGCAAAGGCAAGGAUGCUGCUCAAGUUGUUGAGAUCAACGUGGGCUAGGGACUCUACUCACUCAUCUCUAGGCUGCCCUUAAAUGUGAAGUCAAUUGUUUGUUGCAUUUCUUGGUGGGUAUUGGCUGUCCUGUGGCAUUCUCAUUGCCGUAUAGGAAAGAAAUAACACCCAACACUUGAAAGAAUCAAUGUGUGUAAAUGUAAUUCUCACAAAGUGGGAAUUUUGUUUCGUAUUAUGUACAUCAGAACAGAUGGGGUGGGUGCGGGAGGGAUUGGGACUGGCACCUAGCUUAGCUAUAUAUCUUCCAAAAUUCUGUCAAUUCCUAUAUACAGCAAGGUUCAAGUCUUGAUAAACAACAGAGAGGAACGUAUUAACCGGAAUUAGUGUAAAACUCCUCAAAUCAAAUACUAUAAUAACUAAUUAACCUCACUUAAUAAAGAAGCAUGUUGAAGGGUUGAUAAGUUGCUGAUCUGUUAAACAUCCAAAACACCGGAAGAUCCAACACAGUGGUCAGAGAUUAAUUUGUUUUUUGAGUUGACUGUAGUGUAGUGUAGUGUAGUGGUCACAGGUAGGUUAAUAAGAGUUGGGAAUUGCUGCCAUGCUAGUUAGUUUAAAACAGACAUGCCAUGUGACAUGAAUGUGGUGGUACUUGCAUCAACACUGAAAGAUGGGUAACUUGGCCCAGGGUCUUGCAAAAAGGAUUUGGAUUUUAGAAUGAGUUAAAAAAGACACAUUAUUGACUCAUUCAUCUCUGGAAAUCGUGUCCCAAGAAAUUGAGUGCAAGGGCUACAGAAUGGUUGCAAUUAAUUUAAU